CAAAUGUACAGCUGGAAACCCGACAUUUUGACCGUACCAAGAAUAGAAGUCCUCCUGCAGUUCCCGCCAUGUUUCUCCACCACCCAAAGCUUCCGGCACGCCUAAACACCCCUCCCCAGCGCGGCCCACCCAUCAAUAAUCGACGAGCCGCCAGAACCGACCACCGGCUGGCCGUCUCUCCCCCUCUCCCUCCCUCCCUCGGGCACGCGGGAGACCACCGGCAGGCAACUAUCAUGGGCAAGCACGGCAAGUGCAGCCACGACGCCGAGGCGUGCUACCCGCCGGGCGCCGUCCCGGGCGGCGGCGGCAUGUACCCCUACAUGAUGGAGAGCCCGCAGAUGCGGUGGGCCUUCAUCCGCAAGGUGUACGUGAUCGUCACGCUGCAGCUGCUGCUGACGGUGGCCGUCGCUGCGGCCGUCAACCUCGUCGGCGCCGUCAGCGGCUUCUUCCGCUCCCGCACCCCGGCCGCGCUCAUCGCCUUCAUCGGCAUCAUCAUCGCCCCUAUCAUCGUGAUGAUCCCGAUGAUCUGCCUGCGUAAGCGGCACCCGAUCAACCUUGUGCUCCUGACGCUCUUCACCAUCUGCAUGAGCCUCGCCGUCGGGGUGGGCUGCCUCUUCGCGAAGGGGAUCAUCAUACUGGAGGCGGCAACGAUCACGCUGGUGGUGGUGGCCGGGCUGACCGCCUACACCUUCUGGGCGGCGAAGAAAGGCUACGAUUUCGAGUUCCUGGGGCCAUUCCUGGUGGCCGCCUGCCUCAUCUUGAUGGUCUUCGCGCUCGUGCGGAUGCUCUUCCCGAUGGGGAGGACGGGGACGAUGGUGUACGGAUGCAUCGCCGCGCUGGUGUUCUCUGGCUUCAUCAUCUACGACACCGACAACCUCAUCAAGCGCUACUCCUACGACGAGUACGUCGCUGCCGCCAUCGAGCUCUACCUCGACAUCAUCAACCUCUUCCAGGCCAUCCUCAGCGUGCUUGAAUCAAUCGACGGAUGAGCCAGCUGAGACGGCUGCCUGCUGCCAAUCUGAGCACACUAGAAUCAUAUUCGCAUCCACUGUAAGCUACCAGGGUGGGUUGCAAAUUUACAAGACGAUUUGUACUCCUUAGAUAGGGUCGAACAGCACUGCAGUGAUUGGACAUUACCAAGGAAAUAUUGCCAAUCCAAUUCGUUACUUCACAACAGCCGCGGAAAGAUCACCACGAGGCCAGCAACAGAGCCGUUUGUGACAAAUUGAGGCAACCAUGCAAUGCAUUCACCAGCUUCAGAAAUGUUUCACCACAAACCAAAUGGAAAAUGGAAAAUGCUUGCAAAUUUAGCGUGACCAACGAUCAAACAUUGCAUGUAUGGAGUAAUUUUGGUUCAUUCGUGAAAUGAAUUCAGAUUUCUUGGAGAGGGGAAUAUCGUUUCAUCUGACUGCGGCCACACCCAAGCCAAUACAUUGCAGGACUAAAAAGAUGCCAAGAGUCCAUAGCUUCGGCACCACCAGACCCACUCUUUGAGCUCCGCAUGUAUAAAUAGGCCAGGAUCAACUGGAAAUUGCUGAAUCCAACAGCUACCUGUUUCUAAUAUGCCAUACACUCCAACAGUC